GAACAACUUCACGUCGGUCGAGCGCCACACACAACAAUCGCAGCAGUAUCGACAAACGUUCACAAAACGUUUAGACGUAAAAACUAUAGUGUCACUUCUCUCCUUAUUUUAGUAACUAGACCACACAAAAUUUAUAUUUUUUCCGUUGUUUAGUUGUAUAAGUGUUAAGUGUAAUAGAUAAAGUUUAUAUAAUGCAUAGUGCCGCAACCGUAUACGCAUCCUGAAGCAAUUACGUAAUGGGAAUUAUGCUAGAGAAGUUUAAAGUUUUGCCCUGAAAUUCAACAUGGCCGCUGACACAGGAAUGGAUACUUGUCCCAGUCCGGAAAUCACGGACUCUAGAAAAAGACCGCUGGAUGGCGACUCAGAGAAUGGAGACGUCAAGAGAUCACACUUCAGCUCCGUGCAAGACUUGGUGACGGCCUUGCCACUGGCCAACGGCCAUGGCAAUAUAACGUCUCAUUUCGCUGUGGAGCCGACGUACCACUUCAAGGUGCUGGUGCCGUCGAUGGUGGCGGGCGCCAUCAUCGGCAAGGGCGGCGAGACCAUCGCGCAGCUGCAGAAGGACACCGGCGCCAGGGUCAAGAUGUCCAAGUCACAUGACUUCUAUCCCGGCACAACAGAGCGCGCGUGCCUGAUCACCGGCUCCGUGGAAGGCAUCAUGGUGGUGCUGGACUUCAUCAUGGACAAGAUCAAGGAGAAGCCGGAGCUCGUCAAGCCAUUCCCCGAGGGCGUGGACACUAAGAUGCCGCAAGACAGGGACAAGCAGGUCAAGAUCCUAGUGCCGAACUCCACAGCGGGCAUGAUCAUCGGCAAGGGCGGCAACUACAUCAAGCAGAUUAAGGAGACCAGCGGCAGCUACGUCCAAAUCUCGCAGAAGGCCAAGGAGCUGUCGCUGCAGGAGAGAUGCAUCACGGUUGUCGGCGAGAAGGACGGCAACAAGAAGGCGUGCCUGAUGAUCCUGCAGAAGGUGGUCGACGACCCGCAGUCGGGCUCGUGCCCGAACGUGUCCUACGCCGACGUGGCCGGCCCGGUGGCCAACUACAACCCCACCGGGUCGCCGUACGCCGUGUCCUCCGAGGUGACCGAGAGCCACGGUCUCGGCGGGUCGGUGGGCGGCGUCGGCGGCGUGGGCUCCGUGUUGGUUAACGGCGCGGCGGCGGCGGCGGCGGCCGGGCUCGGCGCGCUGUCGCUCACGCUGUCGCUGGCGCCGCCGGGCACGCCGCCGCCCGCGCCGCUCACGCAGCACACGCUCGACCACAUCAAGGUGGCUCUCCGCCAGUCCGGCUACAGUGAGGCGGGCGUGACGGAGAUCGCGGCGGCGCUGGCGCUGCUGGUGAAGCACGGCGUGCUGGGGCUGGCGCUGCCGCAGCCGAUGCCGCACGCGCCGCUCUCCGCCGCCUACUUCCCGCUGCCGGCGCAGGACCCGCCCGCCGUCUUCGGCCCCAUCGGCCAGGUCGGACUUGGCGGCGCGCGCGGCGGCUCCUUAGACCGUUUCGCGGAGGUUGCAUUCGAGGCGCUUCGCCCCCCAGCCGUGGCGCCCAUCUCGCUGUCGGGCGGCGUGGGCGGCGUCGGCGGCGUGGGCGGCGUGUUCCCGUCGGGCUCGCUGCUGCCGCUGUCCAAGAGCCCCACGCCGGCCGAUGCGGGCGCUAAGGACUCCAAGAAUGUGGAGAUCGCCGAGGUCAUCGUCGGGGCUAUACUUGGCCCCGGCGGCCGCAGCCUGGUGGAGAUCCAGCAGAUGUCGGGCGCCAACAUCCAGAUCUCCAAGAAGGGCACGUUCGCGCCCGGCACCCGCAACCGCAUCGUCACCAUCACCGGCACGCCCACCGCCAUCAGCAACGCGCAGUACCUCAUCGAGCAGAAGAUCCAGGAAGAGGAGCUUAAACGCACUCGCCACAACGCCAUCUCCGGCCUCAUGCAGUGAGCAGCGCCGCACUUGUAUGCGCACGCGGCGGCUCGCUCGAGCCAGGGAGCAUACAACGCCAACGUGAUACAAAGUUUCCAUCUAUGCAUAAGAAUUACCAUAUCUUUCAAACGUUGUAUACCUCCGCCGCUGCUUGCGCGACACCUCGACUCGACUGUGUUUUAGUAUUUACUUUAUUUUCACUUGCCUAACGCAAAUUUUAACCGACAUUGUAUUGACGACUCAACGAGAAAUUGUAUAUUUUGUUUUAAUUUUCGGAUUUUGAAACAGUCGCACGUCGAGGUCAACGCAUACCAACUAUCCUAAGUAAUGAUUCAAUUCUUCAGUCGCGUUACGCGGCCACUGUUGUAUUAAGCAAUAAGCCAUAACUAGUGAAAUCGUGAUAUCGCCGGAUAGUGACGUUGAUCGGCCGUAGGGUACGUUUGAGACCGCCGGAUCGCAACCGAAGGACAUCUCAAGAUACGUCUUGGCCUCGAGUUCGCCUCAUCUUGAAACGGAGUGACAUUGAAUAGUACAAGAUGAAUUCAUUAAGCAUAUAAGAUCAGCUCCCUGUUCCAAGGUGAGGCGUGUCGAGGCGUUAGAUGGCCUUUAGACUCGAUGGGGAAACGGCCGACUCAGUGCAAACACGCGCAAGCGACGUUGCGGACGCUUGCACGUGUUUACAGGCGCACAAUGUGCAUCCAUUUUCCGUAAGGUUUCUAAAUGGAAGCCCAUUGACCGCUCAAGGCAGUCGGCCAAGCGCGAGUCGCCAGCAGCGCCCGAGCGCCGCUCGCGAGCGCGCGGACGCACGCGCGAACCGAACAACGAAUAAUCUUUCUAAGCGGUUAUAGGUGUUACGUGUAUCGUUAAGGAUCGGCCGACGGGCUUUCGACGUCUAUCUGCGUAAAGUCAGAUAGGAUGACGCGAUAAUAAUAAGUAUAGGUAGCGUCGUUAGAAUAAGUGCAAUAUUUCUCGACGCCCGGAGGCACGCGUUGUUCGGCGAACGUUCGCGCGCGCGUCCGCCGGGGAGGGACGCAAGUACAACGCUGGACCGCUCUAGUAUAGUUUAGUUCUAGUCAAUCUGCCGACGCGGGACCUCGCAGCGGGAGGGCGCGAGUUACCUGAGCGUAGUUAAGUUUAUUUACCGACGGAGAGUAUAAGUUAACGCAGCUCUCGAUGGGGCCGCGCGCCGCCGGGCCGCGCCGCAUCGGGCCGGGCCGGGCUGUAGCAACUAAUGUUCGUUAAAUAAGGCCCGCCCCGCGCGCGCGCCCCUAUCGACACAUAGUUACCUAUUUACAAUUAAAUAGUUUAUCUAUAUUGAUUUUUUGCAUGUACUAUAAUAAUAGUGGUGUUACAUAAUAUUAUAUUAUUGCUAUAUUUUACGUUGUAUGACGAGUGAAGUCUCGCUGCCUAGCAGGCGGACGUUGUUUAAGAUGUAAUUGAAAGAUUGUGAUAUAUCCUAUCACGGAAAUUCCUAUUCCAUUGCACAUUUUAUUUUUGUAUAAUAUUCACCACGUACAUCGUUUACGAGUUGAUUUCAUUGUA